AUGGCUAAAAGACAUAAGCAUUAUACUGGUACAAGAAAGAAACGCUCGAACGGUAGUGGCGGUUCACGUGGGAAGGUUAACCAUAAAAUGAAACAUCUACGAAAACGUCAACAAUCAGAUCAACAAGGACAAAAGAAUGAUGUUGUAAAUAAUUGGUUUAACUCCUCGCUUCCGAUGGGAAAUGGUGAUUUAUCACUAGGUAUGGAAUCUUCCGAUAUGAACUAUUCCAAUCCAGGUAGAGCAGUUAUAUCUGCUCAAAAUGUGGAAGAUUAUUAUUUCGGUAGAAGAAAGGAAAAAUCAAUGAAACAAGGUGGGUUCAGAUUAGGUAGAAGAAACAACACAUCAAAUGAUUUUAGUUUUGCUAAUUCAUCGUUUAGAAAGAGACCGAUGGUCUUUGUUAAAGCUGCAGAGGUGUAUGAUCCAUCACAUGAUUUAAUUUUACAAUUGACUAAGAACCAAGAACGUAGAAGUUCAUUAACACAAAGUUCACCCCUUCGUGAUAUUGAGUUCAGUGAUGGUAAAGAUGAACAGUAUAGUGAUUUCGAGAGUUCUGAUGAGAGUGAUAGAAUAUCGCAUGUCUCGGGUCAUCCCGAAAAGUAUGUUUCUGAACAAUAUGAUAUCACAGAUAGUGAAAGUUUAGAUACUGAAACAAGCGAAUCGGAUGAUGAUGUAAUUGUUGAAAAUAAUGAAUAUGAAGCUUCUUCUUCUGGUAAUAAUGCUGACAAAAUGACCAACCUUACAAACGAGGAACUAUUCUUUGUUGAUGAUUCUGGUUAUUCUGACAACAACAGGCCUGUUGUAAAAAACGUUCAUAUUCCAUUAAAGGAUACAACAGGAUCACUACCUAAAAAUGUUCCUGAUCUAGAAUUUGAUCCGUCUCUAGUUAUUGGUAAAGUUGAAAUUCCAUUAGAAGAAACUGAAAACGGUGAGGUUGUUGCAGAUUUGACACAUGCACCCUACAGAAACUAUAUUAAGAAUAUUCUAAAUAAUACUAAAGCCGAAAUUGAUACUGACACUGAUGAUGGUAAUAGUUCUGAUGAUAAUGAUAAUUAUGAUACUGAUGAGAUAUAUAAUAUUGGAGACGAUACACAUGAUAACAAUACAUUAUCAGAACCAUUUUCUGAAAGUCUUGUUGACUCAGAUGUGCAGUUAUCAGAAGAGAUAAAGAUAUUGGAACUUGGAAAUAGUACAGAUGGAACUGACGAGGAGAAAUUACAGGAACCAGAAUUUGGUUUCCUUGAAGAUGAUUAUGUGGUAAAUACAUCAGACGUUCAUAUUACUAAUAUUAGACUUGGGUUUAAUGAAAAUUCGUAUUUUUUAACAUGCUAUAGAUUGUUUGGUGAUUAUGAAGCCAGAUGGAUUUCUCAGGAUAUUUUCACAGAUUUUAUCCUGGAGGAUUUAGGUCUCCCAGAAACUCGUUUAGAAGCAUAUUUAAAACACGUUAAAGAUUCUUUAAUACCAAAAGAGGAACCGCCAGAACCUACCUAUUCAGAUAUUCCCUUUUCAGAUUCUAGUGAAGAAGAAGAAGAUAUUAUUAAUAAUCUCCAUAAUGACGAUGAUGAUAUCACUCUUAUGGAAGACAUGAAUGAAGGUUUAGAUGAUUUAGUUAAUUAUACGUUGAAAUAUAGUAAAGACCGUACGCGUGAUUUUGAGACAAGAACUCCUUUGAUGACUGGGAAGGGUAAAAAGAAGAAGCUUUUGAUUGAUGACUCAUUAUCUCUUGAUACCGAGACGAUAUUUUCAUUGCAAAAUAAGCUGUCCAAUAGAUUAGGUAGAAAAGCAGACAAAAGGAGGACUAAAGAAGAUUUUAUAAAUGAGGAGAAUAAACAUUCUAGCGAUUUGUUUAAAAAGUACCCUUACGGAUUACAUAUUCAAAAUAUGAAAGAUGAAUUCGAAGAAUAUUAUUCCAAUAAUAAAGAUAGAUUGAUUUUCCCUCCUUUAGAUCCUCAUGGUAACAAGACGUUGAUGAAGUUUGCUAAACAUUACUACAUGAAGACUAACAAAGCAGGGAAGGGCAUUCAUACACAUAUGAUGAUUGAGAAAACCAAAAAGACUAGAAGAGCUAUUCCAAAUUAUGGUCUGAUAUCACAACUCUUGAAACAACGCCCUGUUUUCAUGAGAAUUGAUGUGAAGAGGGUACAGGAGGACUUUGUAAAGACUGAAAGGGUCAAAAUAAAGAGCAAAUUCCACGUCACAGAAGGUGAAAUUGUUGGUGAAAACGCUCCCGAAAUUGGCCAAGACAAUAUCGGUAGAAGAAUGCUUGAAAAGUUAGGUUGGAAUAGCGGUGAAGGUCUGGGAACUACAAGUAAUAAGGGUAUUAGUGAACCAUUGUUUGCUCGUGUUAAAAAGGGCAAAGCUGGUCUUCGUCUGUCGGAUGAUAAGAAGUAG